AUGGCGAGUGUGGAUUCUCUAAAUGAAUGUCCGGUUUCCAAAAAAAUUAAAUUAGAUACUAAAGAUGUAAAUCUAGUUAAAAGUAUACAUGACGACCUUUCUAGUCUAUCUGGGUUUAACGUGAAAGGUAUUUUGACGAAUAAUACUAAUAGAAAAACAGUUUGUCUCCGAGGAACAUUUGACUCCAAAGAAGGAGAAGCUGUAGUAAUUUUAGAAAAGACUGCAUUUGCAGAAGAGGAUUUAAAAGCGAAUAAAGAUUAUUUUACUGAGCAAAAUAAUUUACAGAAAAUAUUUCAAAACGACAUAUACGGAGAUUAUAAAUAUUUUCCAAGCAAACAAUUAAGUGUGAUAAAAACUACUGUUAUACAUCCAGCAACUGAAAAACAUAUUGUCAAAUUUUCUGCUCAGAAAUGUUACAUGGUUGAUGAAACGCCAGAAAUAUAUAAAGAAAUAGUUUUACCCCAUUUAGCUGGUGAGCAGCUUCAUUUGCAGUGGGUGUACAAUAUUUUGGAACACAAAUCUGAAGUCGAAAGGAUACAUUUUGAAGAUGCAGACCCCAUUAAUGGAUUCAUUAUGGUUCCUGAUCUUAAAUGGAAUGGAGAAAUAGAUUCAUUGUAUUUAUUAGCAAUUAUCAACAGACGUGAUAUUAAAUCUAUCAGAGACCUAACAGAUGAACAUCUACCCUUGUUGAAGAAUAUUAAAGAAAAAGGGGCUGAAGCCAUUAAAGCCAAAUACUCCUUAGAUAUAUCUCGUUUAAGGAUAUAUCUCCACUACCAACCAUCGUUUUACCAUCUUCAUGUACAUUUCUGUUAUUUACAACAUGAAGCUCCUGGAAUUUUAACAGAAAAAGCGCAUCUACUCUCUAACAUUAUUAGUAAUAUUGAAUUAGUUCCAGAUUACUACCAAAAAAUAACUAUUCCUUUUGUAGUUCGUGAAAAUGAAAAACUAUUUGCAAAAUUAAAAACAAAAGGUGUUUUGGAAAACUGUUAA